AGCUGAUGCUUUCUAAGGGGCGCGGCACAGGCACUAACUGUAGCCUAAUGGGCUGUCGUGCAUUUAACCGAAGUUUUCGUUUUCUUUUCUAACCCGGCUGUAACUUUGGUGUGGACCCAGCACAAUGAGCUGACUGUUGUCCUGUAAAUAUGGAUCAGAUAAAAGAAGCCAGGGUGCCGUGCUCCAGCCUCCUCACCUACCACAGAGAGCUGCUCGUGACCAGGCUGAGCAGCAUUCAGUGCAUCCUGGACAACCUGUUCGCCUGUGGCUUCUUCUGUCAGGAGGAUGUCGAGAUUGUUCAGCAAACUGCCACCAAGGCUGAUCAGGUGCGCAAAGUCCUGGAGCUCGUCCAGUGCAAAGGGGAGGAGGCCUGUGACUAUUUCAUCUUCAUAAUUUAUAAAGUAUGUGAUGCAUACAUAGACCUGCAGCCAUGGCUGCAAGAGAUCAACUACACCCCAAGUGAAGAUGUAGCCGUGAUGAAGGUGGUUAACACUGAUCCAAUCAGCAGAUACUGUGAGAAGUUAAGACACGACAUGAGCCGGGACACCAGCUUCAUCAUGUCCUACGGCCAGCAAGAGGAGGCGCGGCUGGAGGACCUCUACACGGACACUGUGAUGGAACUGCUAAACGACUGCAACGAGAGCCUGGGCUUCUUAGAGAGUGUGGACCAGCUCCUGGGAGACCACGCAGCUUUCAACCCCCAAGGUGAAAUCAUCUACGUAAUGGGGGACGCUGGCGUGGGAAAAUCCAUCCUUCUCCAGAAGCUCCAGAACCUCUGGUCCGUAAAAGAGUUGCAGACGGAUGCCGUCUUCUUCUUUAAGUUUCGCUGUAGGAUGUUCAGCACCUUCAAGGACGCAGAACAAAUCUCCCUCAGAGACCUUUUGUUCAAACACAACUGCUACCCAGAUCACGAUCCAGACAAUCAAGUGUUUGAUUACAUCCUGCGCUUCCCGGAGAAAGUCGUCUUUACCUUCGACGGCUACGAUGAGAUUCAGGAGGACGUCGACCUGAUGAACCUGCCUGAGGUGGUUUCACCGGAGGAUAAGGCCAACCCGCUCCAGCUGCUUAUCAGCUUGCUCUGUGGGAAAUUACUCAAGGGCUCUCAAAAGGUGCUGACGGCCCGGACAGGGAUUGAGAUCCAAAGCAGGGUGAUCAGAAAGAAGGUGGCUCUGCGUGGCUUCUCCCCAGAUCACCUGAAGACCUACACUGAUUUGCACUUUAAGGAGCAGGAGCACCGAGAGCUGGUGUCCAUUCAGCUGGAUGCCAGCCCCCACCUCUGUGGACUGUGCUCCACCCCGCUCUUCUGCUGGAUUGUAUUCAAGAGCUUUGGACACCUGCACACGAUGCACGACAGCUUUCAUCUGCCCGAAACCUGCAUCACGCUCACCGACAUCUUCCUCCUGCUGUCCGAAGUGUUCCUCAGUCGCUCUGCCACACCUGCUCCGUCUUUGCUGAAGAAAAGCACCCGCUGCACCUCGGAGACGUUCAAAGCAGGGCUCAGGCCUCUUGCUGUGUUCGCCAAGCUGGCGCUGCAGGGGAUGGAGAGAGGCAGCUUCAUUUCCAGCCAAGAGGAGAUCAGCGAGUGCGGUGUGAUGGAGGAAGAUCUGACCCUCGGCUUUCUCAGACCUGUGAGUGAGGAGGAUGCCAGCGGGAGCUCCGCUACCUUCGAGUUCCUCCACGUCACCCUUCAGUCUUUCCUGGCGGCUUUUGCUCUGGUGUUGGACGAGCAGGCUGCUGCCAGCUCCAUCCUCAAGUUCUUCACAGAGUGCAGCAGGAGAAGGAAGGUGUCUUGUCUGCCUCUUGAUUCCUGCAUAAGUAGCUCUUCAAAGCCCAGCGAAAAGAAGCCGUUUGCAACCAACGAACACCUGCAGUUCACCAACCUGUUCCUGUGCGGCCUGCUGUCCAAGAGUCAGAGAGGCUUGAUGGGACAUCUGGUGUCACCCGUCUUACUGAAGAAGAAACGGGCCCUGCUGAAGUCGUACCUGUCCACUAGUGUCAAGUUGCACCUGCGUGGCUUACCCCACCACGACGGCCAGGAAGGCAAGAAAGUUCACGUCUUGCCCAACUUCCUGUGGAUGCUGAGGUGCAUAUUCGAGACGGGAAGCAAAGACAUCGCUCAGAUGACGGCGAAAGGCAUCACGGCCGGCUUCAUCAAGCUGGGUUACUGUAACGUGUACUCGGGUGACUGCACCGCCCUGAACUUUGUGCUGCAGCACCGUCAGAAACUCCUGGGGCUCGACAUGGAUAACAACAACAUCAGCGACUAUGGGGUGAAGCAGCUCAAGCCUUCCUUUUGCAAGAUGACCGUAGUGAGACUGUGUGUGAAUCACCUGUCCGACAGCAGCAUUGAGAUUCUUGCAGAGGAGCUGUGCAAACACAAGGUUGUGGAGGUUUUGGGGCUUUACAACAAUAACAUCACAGAUGUUGGAGCCCGGCUUGUUGCUCAGAUCAUCGAAGAAUGCCCCAAACUGCGAGUUCUCAAGAUUGGUAAAAACAAGAUCACCAGUGUUGGUGGGAGGCAUCUGGCCAGCGCCAUAAAGAAGAGCUCGUCAAUAUUCGACGUUGGGUAA